CACACAUAACAGAAGAUAAUAAAAACUGCUGGCAUUUUGAUAUUCUUGAUUCUUGAUACGAUAAACUUUGUUACUUCUACAUUCUAAUAUUCAGGCUUGUGUUCUCCAUUUUGAUACGCUUAUAAUUUGGUUCUUGGGUAUAUUAUUUUUUUCUGGGUUCUUGGUUAUCUUUACAUUCCCAGUUUCAGUGUUGAUGUUUCCAAAAUCCCAACUUCUGCUUAUACUUUAACUGCUAUUGGGAGUUACUUAUGGCAUUGGCAGCUACUUUCAAUGGUCCAAUUCUUGUUUCUGCCUUCAAUAUAAACAUCCAUGUGCCUACUUCUUCCAGGAAUUUUAUCUUUAGGACUUGUUCACUACCAUCAAACAUCACACAAAGUUCACUCUGCUGCUUCCAAUGCACGGGAAGAUCUGGCAGUGAUAUUAACUUAAGAUGGAAAGAAGUCAAGCAACGAUAUUCAACCCUGAGAAGUAUCUUCAUGUGUAGAGUACAGCAACAUGAUGCUACCUCUGAGGAAAAUGAAGAAAAUAUCUCAAAAGCUACUUUGAUAUGGAGGGCAAUCAAAUUACCAAUAUACUCUGUAGCCCUAGUUCCUCUAACUGUGGGGAGUGCAGCUGCUUAUUUGCAGACAGGCCUCUUUUCUGCUAGGCGUUAUUUUAUGCUGUUGGCAUCUUCAGUUUUUAUCAUCACUUGGCUUAACUUAAGCAACGACGUUUAUGAUUUUGACACAGGAGCCGAUAAGGACAAGAAAGAGUCAGUUGUGAACAUUGUUGGCAGCCGCACGGGAACAUUAACUGCUGCUUACUUGUUGCUUGCCCUUGGUUUCUUGGGGCUUACUUAUACAUCUGUGGAGACUGCAAAUCUACGUGCUAUAUUACUAUUAGCUUCUGCAAUCACUUGUGGUUACAUAUACCAGUGCCCGCCAUUUCGGUUAAGUUACCAAGGUCUGGGAGAACCCUUGUGCUUUGCUGCAUUUGGUCCUUUUGCUACAACCGCCUUUUAUUUCCUUCAAAGCAGCACCAGUAAGCUCCCUCUCACUUGUACAAUUCUUUCAGCAUCAGCGCUUGUUGGUUUCACAACAUCACUGAUCCUGUUCUGUAGUCAUUUCCACCAGAUAGAAGGGGAUAAGGCUGUGGGAAAAUUUUCUCCGCUGGUUAGGCUUGGUACUCAAGCUGGUUCCAGAGCUGUAAAAGUGGGUGUCGCAACACUCUAUUCAGGGAUGCUUCUUCUCGGUUUCACUCAAACACUUCCAUUUACAUGCAUCAUUCUUUGUGCUUUAACAAUUCCAGUUGGAAAACUGGUUGUUAGCUAUGUGGAGAAGAACCAUGAGGACAAAGCAAAGAUCUUUAUGGCAAAGUAUUACUGUGUGAGACUUCAUGUUUUAUUUGGAGUAGCUUUGGCUGCUGGCUUGGUAGCAGCUAAAAUGGUUGCUAGAUAUCCUGUUUCAAAACCAAUAUUCUGAUUAGCCAUUACUUCCAGAAUCAUAGAAUUCAUCAGGGACUACCUGGCACUAAUACACAUUGUGGUUGAGAGUCCUAAAAGCAUCAAGGAGCAGAUUUUUACUCAGGCUCUUUCGAAUGCAAAGUACAAAAUGGACCUUCCGCAGAGGGAAAUGGAUAAAAGCAGCAAAGUUCAUGGCAAUAAGCUACACUAUGUUCUCGGUUCAAUGGACAACUGGAACAUUCAAACUGCCCUUAGUUCAAUAAAUUUCCAUUUUUUUUGGGUAUUAGGUUUAAGCAUUGUACUUAUAGACAAUUGUUUCUCCAUAUUUUGUCGUAUGUUUGCCCUCAUACAGUAAGAUGUUACGUUCUGGUUGCUUAGUGGUGACUGAUUUUGCUAAA